AUGCCAAAUGUCACUUCAUGGACGGAGACAGAGAUCAGCGCGAUCAUUGAGGCUUGGAGUGAAGUGGAGGCCAAGUAUCCUUUGCUGACUAGUGAGCGCGGCAAAAACAAUCUUCACUCGAAGAUGUACGCACUGUAUUCGAGGCGAGUCGCCUUUCCGCGUACACCAACUGCCGUCCUAAACUGCAAACAACAUAUACGCGAGUUCGUGUUGUUUGUUGCCAAGUAUGACAAAGAGCGCCAAGAAGACGGUGAUCGGCUUUGGUUUGAGCUCAGUGUUGAAGAACGUCGUCAACAUCGUGGGUUGGUGCCACGCAGACCCCGAGGCUUGGCAACGUCUCUGAGUAAAGAAGCUUUUGCGAAGCUACUCAAGAUGGAGCGAGUUCAGAGAUGGUUGGGUGGAGAUACAGUCCCGAAGGUUGAGGACCAGCGAGAAGAGACUCAAGAAGCGCAAUUUAACACGAGUUUUAUUGCACCUGAACCUGAUUCCGAUACAAAACUGUCGUUUGAACCAAGGGCUGGUGCGUUUGGAGUCACAAGUGUGGGUGAUUUUUUCCCUCUACCUGCGUCUAUCGCUGCUCAAGGCGAAGAGUUGGAGGAGAAGAGGCGUGUUCCUGUUCAAGAUCGCUCUGAUACCAGCACGUGCAGUCUAUACUCCAAUGAUGAAGCUUCCCCACAAUCUACGCCAGAGUCGCUUAUUAAGUCGAACAUGCCUAAAGUGGAAGGAGACACGAAGAAAGGUAAGACAGAGCUUCAACCGACGCUAAAACACCGAGAUUGCAACCUUCUUCUUGAAAAAAUGAUGAAGUUCCAAAACAAGACGAAACGCCGAGCUGUCGCCAAGCUGCGAGCUGAGAUCGAACGAGAAAUUCAUCGCAAUUCGGAGAUGUUGCUGUCUAUCGUAAGCAAUCAAUUUGAGGAUCCGGAGAACAGUGCAGAUGUCGCUUUCUUGACCCAAGUACUCAAUAGGCUGAAGCAGCAGGUGCAAGACCGAUUCGACCAGUUCGACGUGGAGCGAACUCGUCAAGAAGCAGCCAAUCGUGCUCUCCUUAGCCGACACUAG